UUCUAAAAUGGUCCAUGUUACAUGCCUAGCACAUGGUGUACAUAGAGUUGCUGAAGAAAUAAGAGGACGAUUUACCAAAGUUGACAAAUUAAUUUCUAAGGUAAAACAAAUAUUUUUGAAAUGCCCGGCUCGUGUAUUUUUUUUUAAAAAUAGAGCCCCGAAUGUACCAUUACCUCCUGAGCCUAUUAUUACUCGUUGGGGUACAUGGCUAAGAGCUGCCUCUUAUUACUGUACCUAUUUUCAAGAAAUAAAAAAUAUCGUACUAGAGCUCAAUCAAAACGAUGCUAUUUCAAUUAAAGAAGCUAAAAAAAUAUUGAAUAAUCCGUCGUUGGAAACGGAUUUAGUAUAUAUUCAUACAAACUUUGGAUAUUUACCUGACACAAUAGAAAAAUUGGAAAAUCAAGGACUUCCAUUAGCAACAAGCAUUGAAAUAGUCAGAAAUGUUAGUGAAAAAUUAAAUUCAGUAUCAGGAAACACCGGCAUGUUAAUUAAUGAAAAGUUUAAAAACGUCCUGGCGAAAAAUAAAGGUUUUGAAUUUAUUCAACAAAUAUCUAAUAUAUUGAUCGAUGAAACAACUGUAAUAGAAGGAUUACCAGAAGAAUUAUCUAUUCAAGACUUCAUUUAUUUUAAAUAUGCACCAAUAACCUCGGUCGACGUCGAGCGCAGUUUUUCAAUCUACAAGAAUUUGUUGUCUUCUAAUCGAAGGUCUUUCGAGUUUGAGAACCUGAAAAAGUCGUUUAUAGUACAGUGCAAUAAUUUUUAAGGUCUCUGAAAAAAUAAGAAGACCGGACAAUUUACCAGAUUUUUAAUGACAACUGACGAGAAUUUGAAUUUGAAUCUUUUUAUUAUCUACUCGUUUAAAACCUACCUAAUAAAAC